AUGGGUGCUACUAAAACGGAGCUCCCGAGCGACCUCAAAGAGGUGGAUGUGAUUGUUGCUGGAGGUGGCACCACUGCCUGUGUUGUAGCGAGCAGACUCUCCGAUGCUGACCCGAAUCUCUCAAUCCUCGUCAUCGAGGCUGGUCCGGACAGCUACCAGGAUCCCUCUGUGAUCCAUCCGCUUCUUAUGCUGACCCACUUGAUGCCGACUAGCAAAAAUACCCUCUUCUACAAAGGAUCCAAGGAGAGCCAGCUUGCAGACAGGGAAGUGGUCGUGCCCUCUGGUGGCACCCUUGGAGGCGGUUCCUCGAUAAACCUCCUGACGUAUAGUCGGCCGCAGAGGGAUGAUUUUGACUCUUGGGAUACGCCGGGUUGGACUGCGAAUGAUAUGAUUCCAUACUUGAAGAGGUUCGAAACCUAUCACGGCCCCGGAUCGCCUGCUACCCACGGAGACCUCGGACCCAUCCAUGUCUCCGAAAGUACUUUCAACGUUGAAUGGUCUGAGAGCGAUUUUAUCCAAGCAGCAGGGAAACUUGGGUGGCCGGGAGUGAACGACUUAAUGGACCUUGACACGAACAACGCCGUCUACCGCAACCUACGUUUCGCCAACAAAGAUGGCCUGCGGCAGGACGCCGCGCAUCGCUAUCUACAUCCUCGUCUACGAGAUGGAGAGCACCCGAAUCUCCACGUCCUCGUCGAAAACCAAGUGAUUCGUGUUCUGUUCGAUGAAAACAAGAGAGCUAACGGCGUCGAGUUCCAGCGCAAUCCCAGUCUCUCCCAGAACGGUGAUAGUUCCACGACGCCUCAGGUUGUCAAGGCCAGAAAGUUAGUCAUAGUUUCGAGCGGCGCGUUGGGCACGCCCCUUAUUCUGGAGAGGUCAGGUGUUGGAGACCCCGAGAUCCUUGCCCCGGUCGGUGUUCAGCCCAUCGCGGAUGUACCUGGCGUGGGUCGCAACUAUUUGGAUCACCAUCUGCUUACUUACCCGUACAAGUCAAGCCUUCUUCCCAGCGAGACAGCCGAUGCGGUGUAUGGAGGUCGCCGGGACAUUCCCGAAUUGAUUCGUACGAAUGAUGCCAUUCUUGGGUGGAAUAUUGCAGAUGUGACUGGCAAGAUCCGACCCAGCGACGAGGAUGUGGCCGUCCUCGGACCGGCAUUCCAGGCUGCUUGGAACAAGGACUAUAAGGAGAAGCCCAACAAACCCCUCACAAUUAUCACCUCUCUUAGUGGCUUCCCUGGCGAUCCAACUGGUGUUGAACCGGGUCAGUACAUGGUCUCCGACCCACCAGACUUCAAGACAGGUUUCUUCUCCGAUCCCGAGGAUGUCGACAUCAAAAUGUCAGUAUGGGCAUACAAGAAACAGCGAGAACUAUUCCGUCGCAUGGAGAUCUACAGAGGCGAAUAUGCUCCAAGCCAUCCGCCCUUCCCCGCUGGGUCUGAAGCUGCAUCCAUUGACACGAGCGAGCCAUUAAAGGACGUCAAAGAUAUCGUCUACACUUCGGAGGACGACGCUAUUCUCGAGCAAUGGCUGCGGAAGAAUGUGGGGAGUACCUGGCACUCUAUGGGUACUUGCAAGAUGGCGGCUAAGGAGAAUCUGGGUGUUGUGGACCAUGACCUGAGUGUCUAUGGGGUGAAGGGGCUGAAGAUUGCAGACUUGAGCGUUGUGCCGAAGAAUGUUGGCGCAAAUACUGCUGCCACCGCCUUUGCCCUUGGCGAGAAAGCAGCGGACAUUUUCCUUGAGGAGCUUGGUUUGAAGAGUGCUUGGUGA